UUGAAAAAUGUCAUUUUCAAAAGGUACAGGAGGAGGAGGAUCUGAUCCACAUUCCUCGAGUACACAUGACUUUUUGUAUGAAAGAAGAGAUAGUGUUGUCCAUGCUGUCCAACCUACACCUAAACCAGGGGGAGGCAGAAGAAGGAGCACAGUUGGCAAUGUUUUGAUGACAACAGAAUCUAUCAAAGAAAGACAGCAAAGAGCCAAAGACCAAAGAGAAGUAAGAAGAAUGUGCCUGACAGCUGCACAUAAGCACAUCAUCAAGAUAGUUGCUAAUCACAUUGGUUUGGAUCAGGGAGCAGUAGAAGAAUUUGUUUUGGAUUCUGAAAGACAUAUGCAGCUGUUCAGCAGCUUUCUAGAUAAAGAUGGCGCCAGAAGUUUAAAAUUUUACUAUCAGGAGUCAGUAGUUCCUAGCAUUGAUGAUUGUGGAAGGACAAUUCCUGGGAUGUCUAAAGGCAAUGUAAUGAUGAGAGUGCUGGUGACCAGUGGGACUGGUGAUAAAUUACGGGGCUCCUGUGUGUACUUCCUCAGAACAAAAACUGAUGUCAACAUUACUAGCAAAAAUAUUGACACCGAGAUAUUCUUUGGAUAUCUGGAAGUAAAUCAAAACACAGGAAUUUUGACAGCAUUUGAGUCCAUGAUGUCUAGUGUGUAUUCACCAGCUCUAAAAGCAUAUGAAAAAUGGGGAGAAUUAGAAGAUUCUCCUCAAGGAAGAAAAACAAAGAAAAACUUUAUAGACAGUUUUGACAAUUUUCUUAUGUACUUGAGAAGUGCACAGACUAAUUCUGGUGAAGGGGUUCGCUUGGCAAAAAGUACAAGUGGAAGGAUUAACCUAAAAGAAGUCAAAACUGUGUCAGAUUGCAUUCCUGUAGCAUCCAAUCCAGAUAUUGUGGCAGAUAUGGAAGACCUCGCAUCAACAUGGUGCAGACAGAUUGAACAGAUUUUAGCUGAGAGUGAUCAAAUGCGAAAAGAAGCUGAUGAUACAGGUCCGUUAGCAGAGCUUGAACAUUGGCGACAGUUGAUGGCCAGGUUUAAUGCCUUGCUGGAACAGAUAAAAAGCCAUGAAUGCAGAAUGGUCAUCAACAUCCUUAAUGUAGCAAGGUCAAAAGUUUUAAGGAAGUGGAAGGAUCUUGACAAGCGCAUUACAGACAAUGCAAAUGAGGCAAAAGACAAUGUAAAAUUUCUGUAUACAUUGGAGAAGUACUGUGAACCAUUGUACAGAUGUGAUCCUAUUUCAAUGACAGACUGCUUGCCUGGGUUGAUCAAUGCAAUCAGGAUGAUACACAGUAUAUCGCGAUAUUACAACACAUCAGAAAGAAUGACAUCUUUAUUUAUUAAGGUGACAAAUCAAAUGGUCACUGCAUGCAAGACAUACAUCAAUGGAGAUGGCAUGACAAGGAUUUGGGACCAGUCAAGGCAACCUCUACUAGAAAAACUUCAGCACUGUGUGUUAUUGUAUAAAAAUUACCAGGCCAUCUUUCAGAAGACAAAGGAGAAAAUAGAUGCAACACCUGGAGAAAAGCCUUUUGAAUUUUCUGAAAUGUACAUCUUUGGAAAAUUUGAAACCUUCUGUAGAAGGCUUGACAAGAUCAUCGCCUUGCUGAAUUAUAUAGAGUCCUUUUCUACUCUGUCGGAUUCCAAAAUUGAGGGCAUUGAGGCAUUUGCUUCAAGAUUUGGACAGAUAUAUGGGAGCAUCAAGAAGAAACCUUAUGAUGUACUGGACCAGAGAAAAACUGAUUUUGACAGUGAUUUUGAUGAUUUUCGGAGGCAGUUGAGGGAUCUAGAGGUUAACAUUCAGAAUUUUAUGGACACAUGUUUUCAGAAAACUCCAUCAACUCUUCAAGCAUUGAAUCUGUUAAAAAGAUUUGAAAAGCUGCAUAUUCCACAUUUGAACAUACAAGACAAGUACAAGACUAUAUAUUUGCAGUAUGAACAAGAGCUUGAGGAAAUCAGAAAGCUGUAUACAAAGUAUAAGGAUGACCCUCCAAUUGUUCGAAACAUGCCACCAAUUUCUGGUAAAAUCAUGUGGGUCAGACAACUUGCAGAGAGAAUUCAAGAACCAAUGAUGAUAUUUGUAGAGCAGCCAUCAUGCAUGAAAACAGAUGAUGCCAGAAGAAUUAUUAAGAAAUACAACAGGCUUGCAAAAGUUCUUCUGGAGUAUGAAAUUCUGUUUCACCUUGCAUGGAAAGAAUCAGUUGAUGUAGCAACAAAAUAUUUGCAAGUACCAGUUUUAGUUCGAUACCCACAGACACCUUCUGGAGUUUUGCUGGUGAACUUUGAUCCUUACAUCUUUGAAGUAAUAAAAGAGUCAGAGUACAUGAUAAAACUGAAUCUUGAAAUUCCUGAAGCAGCAAAGAUUCUUGUUCAUUCCAAGGAGACAUUAAAAGCUCAUGCUUCACAAAUGAAGUUCUUGCUGGAUGAAGAUAAAGGUUUAAGAAUGGAAAUCCCACCAAUAUUUCAAACUCUUCUUGGGCCAUCUCUAAAACGGGUUGACAGUGUGAUACGCCCUGGUUUGAUCUCUCAUACCUGGACAUCACUUAACUUGCCUACCUACUUCAUCCAAGUUAAAGAAGCCUUGGCUGAGCUGCAAAUUAUUGUCAAACAGAUCUGUGAUAUCAAAACAACCAGAAUUGACUACAUGUUAAAAGAGAUAAGUGAGACAUUGCUGUGUGACUUGCCAGAGAGACAUCCACUGACUGUAUCAGAAUUUCUACAGAAGAUGGAGGAAUACACUGAUCAAAUGGCUAUGGAUAUUAACAAAAUGAGCCAAGUGGUUGAGGAUGCUGUAAAGGAAUUGGUUAGAAUAUUUUUACAACGAGCUCAUUUGGAACAAAGCUUACUUUUAGAGAGUGAAGGCAGUUCAGACAGAAGUGACACAACCUCUGUUUCUACUAAGUUGUCAGCCAUGACAGAGUCAGAUGUUAUUCCAGUUCAUGAAGAGAGUGAUGUCAGUGAUGAGCAGCAGAUCAGGGAAGCUUGUGAUGAGCUGAGGGAGUUUUUCAAUCACAGAUUAGUGGAAUCUCUCUUGAAAGCCACUAGACAUUCCUUAGACAUGAUGAGAAGGAGAUUCUUCUCUGGAGGCAGACGUUCUACUUUGAUGCACUUUGAUGAAAGUGUAGGAGGAGCAAAUGAUGGGAGCAGAAUUCCUUUCUUUACUGCAGAUAUAACCCUGGCCAUUCCAAAUGUAGUUAUGCAGCCAAGUGUGGAAGACAUACAAACAGCACUGAACAAAGCAACACAACUAGUGUUAGAUAUCAGCAAGGGUGUCUACCAGUGGGGCCAAGACAGAGAAAAACAGCAUGUAGUGAUAAACAACCAUCAUUCACAUUCCACAUUGCAUGGUGUAGGCCAAGAUAUGCACACCUUGAUUAGGCAGAUUGAAAUCCCUCUAAAACAUUAUUACAAGAGCAUAGUCGACAACAAGGAUGUUGCCAAGUAUGUUAUGAUGAUGUCUUCUGCUCUCAGCACACUAAAACCAGAAGUGUCAGAAGCUUUACAGAGAUAUUCAGAUUACUCCUUCUUGUGGGAACAAGAUAGAGUUGAAGCAGUCAAGGAAUUCAUGCGGGAGGAACCUAUUCUCUCCGAGUUCAAGGCAAAAUGCUCAAUAUUCAAAAAUCUUGAGAACAAUAUUGAUGAUAUUCAGGCAUCAGAGAUUGUUGGACCUAUUGAAUUAUUUACAGAACCUUUGAAGCUAGCAUUAAGAGUUGAAAUCAAAGCUUGGAAGUUGAUGUUUGGAAAAGAGCUUAACAAAAAGUACAGGGAAAAAAUGGAAGGAGUGCUGAAUUUUGUGGAUGAUUACACCAAAAGACUUGCUAGACCAAUUCGUGAUCUAGAGGAUGUUAGAGAAUCAAUGUCUGCUCUGAGUGACAUCAGGGAACACCAGAUAGCUCUUGAUAUGCAGCUAGGACCCAUUGAGGAAUCGUAUGCAAUGCUGAAUGAAUUUGAAGUGGUAGUGAAGAAAGAAGAGACAGAUAUGGUGGACUCUCUACGAUAUUCCUUCCAGAAGUUGUUGACAAGUGCAAACAAGAUCCAAGAUGAAUUGGUACGGGUGCAGCCAGGAUUCAAAUCUGAACUUCUGACUUCUGUAGAAAUUUUUCAGAAGGAUGUUACUGACUUUGGAUUAAGCUAUGCAACUGAAGGACCUAUGUGUGAAGGAAUCUCUCCAACAGAGGCCAACGACCGUUUGACUGUGUAUCAGUCGCAGUUUGACGAGUUGUUCAACAAAUAUGGAAUAUACUCUGCUGGAGAGCAGCUUUUUGGGCUCUCUGUAACAGAGUAUCCAGGUCUUAUGAGAAUCAAGAAAGAACUAGGGCUUCUACAAAAGCUAUAUGGAUUGUAUUCCAAUGUUAUGACGGUCAUUAAUGGAUACUUUGAUAUUCUUUGGACUGAAGUGGAUAUUGAAAAGAUCAACAGUGAACUAAAUGACAUGCAAAACAGGUGCAGAAGGCUUCCAAAGGCACUUAAAGAAUGGCAGGCAUAUCAAGAUUUAAAGCAAAAAAUCGACGACUUUAGUGAAUCGUGCCCUCUGCUAGAGUUGAUGUCGAACAAAGCAAUGAAAGAACGUCAUUGGGAUAGAAUUGCCAAGCUUACAGGCCACACUUUUGACUUUGAUUCUGAAAAUUUCACUCUGAGAGAUAUUAUGAAAGCCCCUCUUCUAAAGCAUAAAGAGGAUAUUGAGGAUGUUUGCAUUUCUGCAGUAAAAGAGAAAGAUAUUGAAGCCAAGCUUGCUCAGGUUGUCAGUGACUGGACUGGAAGGAUUCUCUCUUUCUCUAAUUUCAAAGCAAGAGGAGAAUUGUUACUAAAAGGGGGUGAAACAUCAGAAAUAAUCACAUUUCUGGAGGACAGCUUGAUGGUUCUGAGCUCCUUACUUAGCAACAGGUAUAAUGCCCCUUUUAAAAAGACAAUUCAGGAAUGGGUAGCAAAACUGUCUAACACAACAGACAUUCUUGAGAAUUGGUUGAUUGUUCAAAAUCUUUGGGUGUACUUAGAAGCAGUCUUUGUUGGUGGAGAUAUUGCCAAGCAGCUACCACAGGAAGCAAAAAGAUUUCAAAACAUUGACAAAUCUUGGGUAAAGAUAAUGCUGCGUGCGCAUGAAUGCAACAAUGUUGUUCAGUGCUGUGUUGGGGAUGAAACCCUUGGACAGCUUUUGCCACAUCUUCUUGAACAACUCGAAUUAUGCCAGAAGUCAUUGACAGGCUAUCUUGAAAAGAAACGACUUGUUUUUCCAAGAUUCUUUUUUGUAUCUGAUCCAGCUUUAUUAGAAAUCCUUGGUCAAGCUAGUGAUUCUCACACCAUUCAGUCUCAUCUUCUGGGUGUCUUUGAAAAUGUCAAUGAAGUUGAAUUUCAUGAGAAGGAUUAUGACAGAAUGCUGUCUGUGAUAUCAAGAGAGGGCGAAAAAGUAAUGCUUGAAUCACCAGUCAAUGCAAAAGGAAAUGUAGAGAUAUGGCUUGGAGAUUUGCUGAAAGAGCAAAUGAAAUCUCUUCAUGGAGUAAUACGUGAUGCGUGGAGAAACAUCAUUACACCAGAAUUUGAAUUGAUGGGCUUCAUGGCAAAUUUUCCUGCACAGGUUGGACUGCUGGGGAUUCAGAUGAUUUGGACAAAGGAUGCUGAAUUUGCUUUGCAGCAUGCAAGAGGUGACAAAAAGAUUAUGCCAACCACAAAUCAGCGCUUCCUGGAUAUGUUAAAUCGCUUGAUUGAACAAACUACACAUGAUUUGACCAAGGUGGAAAGAGUUAAAUAUGAAACUCUUGUAACCAUCCAUGUGCAUCAGCGAGACAUAUUUGAUGACCUGACAAGAAUGCACAUAAAAUCCCCUACAGAUUUUGAAUGGUUGAAACAGGCUCGGUUCUAUUUUAAAGAAGACACGGAUCAGUGUAUUGUGCAAAUAACAGAUGUGGAUUUCAUUUAUCAAAACGAGUUUCUUGGAUGCACAGACAGACUUGUUAUCACACCACUUACUGAUAGGUGUUACAUCACACUUGCUCAGGCCUUGGGAAUGUCCAUGGGUGGGGCACCAGCUGGUCCAGCAGGUACUGGCAAAACGGAAACAACCAAAGACAUGGGAAAAGCUCUGGGAAAGUAUGUAGUGGUAUUCAACUGUUCUGAUCAAAUGGAUUUUAGAGGACUGGGAAGAAUAUAUAAAGGUUUAGCACAGUCUGGAUCCUGGGGAUGCUUUGACGAGUUUAACAGAAUUGAAUUGCCUGUCUUAUCUGUAGCUGCUCAACAGAUCUACAUUGUUCUGAAUGCCAAGAAGGACAGGAAAAAGGAGUUCAUAUUCACUGAUGGGGAUGUAGUUGAACUCAAUCAAGAAUUUGGAAUUUUCCUUACCAUGAAUCCUGGGUAUGCAGGACGUCAAGAAUUACCAGAAAACUUGAAAGUUCAGUUCCGUACAGUGGCCAUGAUGGUUCCAGACCGUCAGAUUAUUAUGAGGGUUAAACUUGCUAGUUGUGGAUUUUUGGAAAAUGUUCUUUUGGCACAGAAAUUCUACACUCUCUACAAAUUAUGUGAAGAACAGUUGUCGAAACAAGUUCACUAUGACUUCGGAUUGAGGAAUAUAUUGUCUGUAUUGAGGACUUUAGGAGCCAACAAGAGAGCUAGACCAAAUGACACAGAAAAUACAAUUGUGAUGAGAGUUUUAAGAGACAUGAAUUUAUCAAAAUUGGUUGAUGAGGAUGAGCCAUUGUUCAUGAGCUUGAUAGCAGAUCUGUUUCCAGGAAUUGUGCUAGACAGUGCAACAUAUGCAGAGUUGCAAGUGGCUAUUGCUAAACAAGUAGAUGAUGCUGUGCUCAUAAAUCAUCCAUCAUGGAAUCUCAAACUUGUACAGCUCUAUGAAACACAAAGAGUAAGGCAUGGAAUGAUGACACUUGGACCAAGUGGUGCAGGCAAAACUUGCUGCAUCCAUGUCUUGAUGAAAGCUAUGACUGAUUGUGGAGCUCCUCACAGAGAAAUGAGAAUGAAUCCAAAAGCUAUUACAGCACCACAGAUGUUUGGUAGACUGGAUGUAGCAACAAAUGAUUGGACAGAUGGCAUCUUUUCUACCUUAUGGAGGAGAACACUAAAAGCCAAAAAAGGAGAAAACAUAUGGAUUGUGCUAGAUGGCCCGGUUGAUGCAAUUUGGAUUGAGAAUUUGAAUUCUGUUCUUGAUGACAAUAAGACUCUCACCCUGGCAAAUGGUGACCGUAUUCCAAUGUCGCCAGCCUGUAAGGUAGUAUUUGAAGUCCACAACAUUGACAAUGCCUCACCAGCUACUGUAUCUAGAAAUGGUAUGGUGUACAUGAGUUCAUCAGCACUGGAUUGGAGACCAAUAUUACAGGGUUGGCUGUUAAAGAGAAAUUCCCAAGAAAGUGAGCUUCUGUUGACCCUUUUUGACAAAAUAUUUGAUGAUUUGUACACCUAUGUCAAUACAAAUUUGUUGCCCAAAAUGGAGACACUGCAAUGCAACCAAAUUAUGCAGGCUUGCAAUGUACUUGAGGGUUUGAUUCCUAAGAAAGAUGACAAAGGCACUCUUCCUGCAUUCCAUCUUGAAAAACUUUUCCUAUUUUCUCUGAUGUGGAGUUUGGGUGCAUUGUUGGAGUUGGAUGAUCGUGCCAAAAUGGAGGAAUUUAUGUCUAAACAUGAGAGUGCAUUGGAAUUACCUACUGUGAAAGAGGGAGAGACCAUCUUUGAAUAUGUUGUAGAUGAUCAUGGAGAGUGGGAACACUGGUCUAAGAGAGUAGAAGAAUACAUUUACCCUUCAGAUGUUGUUCCUGAAUUUGCAUCCAUUUUAGUACCAAAUGUGGACAAUGUGCGAACAAGCUUCUUAAUUGAUGUCAUCGCAAAACAGAACAAAGCUGUACUUUUAAUUGGAGAACAAGGAACAGCAAAGACCGUGAUGAUCAAAGGUUAUAUGGCACAGUAUGACCCAGAUAGUCAUCUGAGUAAAAGUUUCAACUUCUCUUCUGCUUCUACUCCAUCCAUGUUUCAGAGGACCAUAGAGAGCUAUGUGGAUAAGAGAAUGGGAAGUACGUAUGGACCCCCAGGAGGAAGGAGAAUGACUGUUUUUAUCGAUGAUGUGAAUAUGCCUGUCAUCAAUGAGUGGGGGGACCAGAUUACAAAUGAAAUCACACGUCAAAUGAUGGAGAUGCAUGGCAUGUACAGCCUUGACAAGCCUGGUGAUUACAUAUCUAUAGUAGACAUGCAAUUCAUUGCUGCUAUGAUCCAUCCUGGAGGAGGUAGAAAUGAUAUUCCUCAGAGAUUGAAAAGACAGUUCUCUAUAUUCAACUGCACUUUGCCAUCAAAUAACUCCAUUGACAAAAUUUUUGGCAUCAUUGGUUGUGGAUAUUUUUGUUCUAGUCGUUUUAAUCCAGAAGUUUGUGAGAUUGUGAAGAAGAUUGUACCAGCUACUAGAAUUCUCUGGCAAAUGACAAAGGUGAAAAUGUUGCCUACACCAGCCAAGUUCCAUUACAUUUUCAACUUGCGAGAUCUGUCUAGAAUUUGGGAAGGAAUGCUGAAAAUCAAAGAGGAGGAAUGUGAAGACCAGUUGAUGGUGUUAGGACUCUUUAAACAUGAAUGUACAAGGGUCAUUGCAGACAGAUUUACAAAUGCCGAUGAUAAAGCAUGGUUUGAGAAGAGUUUGAAUGUUGUCAUUCAUGAUCACAUAGAUGGAUCACUUGUUGACAAGUGUCAUGCAGAACCAUACUUUGUGGAUUUUCUUCGUGAUGCUCCAGAACCCACAGGAGAAGAAAGUGAGGAUGCUGCACUGGAAGCCCCCAAAAUAUAUGAACAGAUCUCCUCUUAUGAUUCAUUGAAUGACAAGCUGUUGACUUACAUGGAACAGUACAAUGAGUUAGUCCGGGGUGCUCAUAUGGAUCUUGUUUUCUUCAAGGAUGCCAUGGUGCAUCUUAUCAAGAUAUCCAGAAUUAUUGGUACCCCCCGAGGAAAUGCUCUGCUGGUGGGAGUUGGAGGAUCAGGAAAACAAUCGCUUACUCGUCUAGCCUCAUUCAUCGCAGGCUACAGAAUAUUUCAGAUAACACUCUCAAGGACAUACAAUGUUGGCAAUUUAAUGGAUGAUUUGAAGUUCAUGUAUCGUGUUGCUGGAUGUGAAGGCAAAGGAAUCACAUUUAUUUUUACUGACAAUGAAAUCAAAGAUGAAGCAUUUCUGGAGUACUUGAACAAUGUUUUAAGUUCAGGAGAGGUUUCAAAUUUGUUUGCCAAAGAUGAACUGGAUGAAAUCACACAGGAAUUGAUUGCAGUCAUGAAAAAAGAGUUGCCAAGAUGUCCUCCAACAUUUGAAAACUUGUAUGACUACUUCAUCUCUCGGGCAAGGAAAAAUUUGCAUACAGUCCUUUGCUUCUCUCCAGUUGGAGAAAAGUUUCGAACAAGGGCAUUAAAAUUCCCAGGACUUAUAUCUGGUUGCACCAUGGAUUGGUUUAGUCGAUGGCCAAAAGAUGCUUUGAUUGCUGUGUCUGGACAUUUUCUUAACAAUUAUCAUAUUGUCUGCAGCAGAGAAAUCAAGGAACAGGUUGUCAAUACGAUGGGAGUUGUCCAUGAUAAUGUAGCAUCUGUUUGUAUUGAAUAUUUUCAAAGAUUUCGUCGACAAACUCAUGUGACACCAAAAUCUUAUUUAUCAUUUUUGGAUGGAUACAAAAACCUUUAUGGGAAGAAGCAUUCUGAAAUAAAUGAAAUGGCAAGCAGGAUGAAUACUGGUUUAGAAAAACUCAUUGAAGCAAGUGCAUCAGUGGACCAGUUAUCAAAAGAACUGGCUGUAAAGGAAAAGGAAUUAGCUGUUGCAAAUAUAAAAGCUGACAAAGUUUUGGCCGAGGUAACUGUUAGUGCUACUGCAGCAGAAAAAGUAAAAAGUGAAGUGCAGAAAGUGAAGGACAGAGCCCAGAAGAUUGUUGAUGAAAUUGAGGAGGAUAAAAAAAUAGCUGAAGAAAAACUUGAAGCAGCCAAACCUGCUCUCCAGGAAGCUGAAGAUGCUUUAAAGACAAUAAAACCAGCUGAUAUAGCAACAGUGAAGAAACUUGGUAAGCCCCCACAUUUGAUCAUGAGGAUUAUGGACUGUGCCUUGAUUCUGUUCCAAAAAAGACUAGAUCCAGUUACACAGGACCCUGAUCGACCAUGUCCAAAACCAUCAUGGGGAGAGUCUCUUAAGCUGAUGAGUGGUUCUGGAUUUUUGAACUCAUUACAAACCUUUCCUAAGGAUACAAUAAAUGAGGAAACUGUUGAGCUUCUGCAGCCUUACCUGACAAUGGAAGACUAUAACUUUGAAUCUGCCAAAAAAGUCUGUGGAAGUGUGGCUGGAUUGUUGUCUUGGUCUACAGCUAUGGCAUUUUUCUAUGGAAUAAAUAAAGAGGUUUUGCCUCUAAAGGCAAAUUUAGCAAAACAAGCAGCAAGAUAUCAAAUAGCAUCUAAAGAACUUGAUGGGGCCCAAGCACAGCUGGAUGAAAAACAAGCAGAACUUGACAAAGUGCAAGCACUGUAUGAUGCAGCAAUGGCAGAGAAACAGGCUUUGUUAGAUGAUGCAGAGUCCUGCAGAAGGAGAAUGAUGGCUGCUUCUGCUUUAAUUGGAGGUCUUGGAGGGGAAAAGAUACGAUGGACACAGCAAAGCAAACAGUUUAAGUCCCAAAUUGAUAGACUUGUUGGAGACAUUUUGCUAUGCACUGGCUUUUUAUCCUACUCGGGACCCUUCAACCAGGAAUUCAGGAAUAAACUGAUUGAGAACUGGCAAAAAGAAUUGUACCAAAGAAGAAUACCAUUCACCAAUGACUUGAAUUUAAUAUCUAUGCUGGUGGACAAUGCUACAAUUGGUGAAUGGAAUAUUCAAGGACUACCAAAUGAUGAACUUUCUAUUCAAAAUGGUAUAAUUACAACAAAAGCUACAAGGUUCCCAUUACUUGUGGAUCCUCAAGGUCAAGGCAAAUCCUGGAUAAAAAAUCGAGAAAAAGAUCAUGAUCUGCAGGUCACUUCCCUGAAUCACAAAUAUUUUCGAACUCAUUUGGAAGAUUCUCUGUCACUUGGACGUCCACUUCUGAUUGAGGAUAUUGAGGAAGAACUAGAUCCAGCUUUGGACAAUGUGUUGGAAAAGAAUUUUAUUAAAUCUGGUUCAACAUAUAAGGUCAAAGUUGGUGACAAAGAAUGUGACAUAAUGAAAGGAUUUUACCUGUACAUGACAACAAAGUUGGCAAAUCCAGCCUAUACUCCAGAAGUGAGUGCUCGGACAUCAAUUAUAGACUUUACUGUCACAAUGAAAGGAUUGGAGGAUCAACUUUUAGGGCUUGUUAUUCUGAAAGAAAAGAACGAACUGGAAGCUGACAGAGCAAAAUUAAUGCUAGAUGUCAAUUCAAACAAAAGAAAAAUGCAAGAGUUGGAGGAUAACUUGUUAUACAAAUUGACAAGUACAAAGGGAUCCCUUGUAGAUGAUGAGUCUCUCAUUGAAGUGUUGUCAGUAACAAAAGUUACUGCUGCAGAAGUCAGUGAAAAGUUAACUGUUGCAGCGGAAACAGAAAUCAAGAUUAACGAGGCUCGGGAAGAAUUUAGACCAGUUGCAACAAGAGGCAGUAUACUCUACUUUCUGAUUUGUGAUAUGAGUGUGGUGAACAGAAUGUAUCAAACAUCAUUGAAGCAGUUCUUGGGACUGUUUGAUAUAUCAAUGUCAAGAUCAGACAAGAGUCCAGUAACAGCAAAAAGAAUUGGAAACAUCAUAGAGUAUCUAACAUUUGAGGUGUUUAGAUAUACUUGUAGAGGCCUCUAUGAAUCUCACAAAUUUUUGUUCACCUUGCUUAUGACUCUAAAGAUCGAUAUGCAAACUGGAAAGGUGAAACCAGAAGAAUUCCAAACAUUUAUAAAAGGUGGUGCUGCACUUGACUUGAAUGCUGUUAUGCCCAAACCUUCAAAGUGGAUAUCUGAUAUGACCUGGUUAAAUUUGGUGCAACUUAGUGGACUACCACAGUUUUCAGAAAUUCUCAAUCAGGUGUCUAGAAAUGAGAAGGCCUGGAAGAACUGGUUUGAUACCGAUGCACCAGAGGAGGAACAUAUUCCUGAUGGUUAUCAUACAUCAUUAGAUGCAUAUAGGAGACUUUUGUUAAUCAGAUCUUGGUGUCCAGACAGAGCCAUUCCACAGGCCAGGAAGUACAUAGCUGACUCCAUGGGUCCAAGAUAUGCAGAAUCAGUCAUCCUUAACUUGACGCAGACCUGGGAGGAGAGUGACAUCAGAACACCUCUUAUUUGUCUUCUGUCAAUGGGAUCCGACCCCACCAAUCAAAUUGAGUCUUUGUCAAAGAAAGUUCAUUUAGAUUUUAGGGCUAUUUCUAUGGGUCAGGGACAGGAGGUUCAUGCUAGAAAAUUAAUUGCUCAGUUCAUGCAUACUGGUGGAUGGGCAUUGUUACAGAACUGUCACUUAGGUCUGGAUUACAUGAAUGAACUGUUAGAUACAGUGACAGAUACACCACAAGUUAAUGAUGCUUUUCGGGUUUGGAUUACAACUGAAGAACAUGCUGGAUUUCCAAUCAGUCUUCUGCAGACAUCUAUUAAAUUUACAAAUGAACCACCCCAAGGAAUCAAGGCAGGAUUGAAGAGAACUUAUGCUGGAAUUACUCAAGACUUUCUUGAUGUUAGCAACAUGGUUCAGUGGAGACCUAUGCUCUUUGCCGUAUCCUUUCUCCACACUGUUGUCCAGGAAAGAAGAAAAUUUGGCCCUCUUGGUUGGAAUAUCCCAUAUGAGUUUAACUCGUCAGACUGGACAGCCAGUGUGCAGUUUGUCCAGAAUCAUCUGGAUGAUUUGGAUGUUAAAAGGGGAAUAUCAUGGACAACGGUUCGCUACAUGCUUGGUGAGGUGCAGUAUGGUGGGAGAGUCACAGAUGAUUAUGACAAGAGACUUCUUAAUACAUUUGCAAGGGUAUGGUUUGGGGAUUUCAUGUUCCAGCCAAACUUCCAAUUUUAUAUUGGAUACAAAAUACCAAACAUGAAAUCUCUAAGUGAUAUCAUGAACUUCAUAGCAAAUUUGCCAUUGGUGGAUUCUCCAGAAGCUUUUGGGUUACACCCAAAUGCUGAUAUUACAUAUCAAACAAACUUAUCCAAAGAUGUUCUUGAUACAAUAAUGAGCAUUCAGCCAAAAGACAGUGGAGGUGGAGGAGGGGAGACAAGAGAGAGUGUUGUCUAUAGACUUUCUACUGAUAUGUUGUCCAAACUUCCUGUUGAUUACCUGCCUCAUGAGGUUAAAGAUAGAUUGAAAAAGUAUGGAAACCUGCAUCCUCUUAAUAUUUUCUUAAAGCAAGAAAUAGAUAGGAUGCAACGUGUAAUUUCUACAGUUCGUGUCACUCUGACAGAUCUAAAGUUAGCCAUUGAUGGUACAAUCAUUAUGUCUGAGAAUCUUCGAGAUGCCCUUGACAACAUGUUUGAUGCAAAAGUCCCCAGUUUAUGGAGAAAAAUAUCUUGGCAGUCAUCAACAUUAGGAUUUUGGUUCACGGAACUUUUGGAGAGAAAUGACCAGUUCUCUACAUGGGUUUUUGUUGGAAGACCAGAUUCUUUCUGGAUGACAGGAUUCUUCAACCCUCAAGGAUUUUUGACUGCAAUGAGACAAGAAGUUACAAGAGCACACAAAGGUUGGGCACUUGAUUCAGUGACUUUACACAAUGAGGUUAUUAAAGCAGUGAAGGAAGACAUAACUGCACCACCAGUGGAAGGUGUAUAUGUUUAUGGACUUUACCUAGACGGUGCAGGAUGGGACAAAAGAAACUGUCGCCUUUGUGAGCCUCCACCCAAAGUUCUCUUCACACCAAUGCCUGUUGUUCACAUGUAUGCUAUCAAUUCCACAGCUCCAAAAGACCCAAGACUGUAUCAGUGUCCUGUCUACAAAAAGCCUAAUCGCACAGAUCUCACGUACAUUACUUUCAUUGUAUUAAAAACAAAUCAGAGUCCUGAUCACUGGAUAUUAAGAGGAGUAGCAGCUUUGUGUGACAUUAAGUAAUUUCAUGAAGAAUUGGGGAAUGGUUACUUCACAGAUGUUUUACUGAUAACAAGUUUAUGUUUCUCUAGAAUCAAUAUAAACAUGAUAAAUUUAAAAGCAAUAUGUGACAUUUAAUAAGUGAGAGUUUUUAUCUGUUGAAUUAGUUAAUUAAAAACUUUUUAUUUUUGAUAAUGAUUAAGAAAUAAAUUAUAAAUAAAUUGCUUGAAAAAUAA